AUCACAUUGCAGUUGUAGUCUUCUUCUCUUUUUUUUUUUUUAUGUAACAGAGGUGUUCCGAAGAGCUACUUUCAUUAUCAACUUGGCAGACCACCAGGUUAUCAGCGCUAUUAGAAUUAGAAAACAAAACACCCUGCAGUGAAGUGGAUGCAAUGAGAAUUUUGAAAAGGUGCUGUCAAUCUGCUGCCCUCAACAAAUAUGCAAACCAGUUUUCCAAAAGCACCUAUUCUGUACUGAAAACUCUUCAUAACAGUAUGAACGAUAUUGGCAGGAAUACAAGUCCGGUCUCUCCAAACUUCGAUAUAACCCACUCCAUUCACACGCAGAGUAAAGAGAUGGAAGCCUGGGAAGCAAUGGUAGAUUACACACAGUUAUCACCCUUGGAAUUGAAAAUUCACCAGAGGCACAUAACAGCUAACCGGGCAAGAAAACACUUUCAUGUAGAUCCUAAAACGGGAUGCAUCUUGAUCCAACUACAUGAUGAUGCAGGAAAACACUUUUAUGUAGAUCCUAAAACGGGAUAUCAAGUGAUGACAAGACUAGCUCAUUUAAAGCGAGGCGAUUGCUGUGGGAAUGCAUGCAGACAUUGUCCGUAUGGCCAAAAGAAUGUUCUAGAGGAAAAGAGGCAAAAAAGAUUUAACUCUGCUUUUUAUGUUUGAUAAUAAAAUCAUGUUUUUACAAAA